AAAAUUCGGAGGUGUCAUAUGUUUCAAAAACAAGGAACUAAAUGAACGAACUGGUUAUGAGAACUUAUUUCUUUAGUCGGCCACGUAAAAUCUAUAGUAAACAACAGUUUGGCCCUAAUAAUUAGAAGUUUUAUUUCUUAUGUCUACAUUCAAAAAUAAGUAUUCCAAAUGGACAUGAGUAAAUUAGAUAUAAGCCAAAUGAUCCGCAAUUUGGAUAUAAGUACAACUGAAAAAGUGGAUGAAAGCCUCCAACGUAUUGCAGAAAAAGAAGCAGAUGUAAAUGCCAAACUCGAAGCUGCAUUGUCCAAGCAAUGUCAGAUUGAGGCAAAAUUAAGCGGCAUCGGCCGAGCUAUGGCCACCUUACUUACCGUUGAGAGCGAUUCCAACAAGCUUAACAUGCAAAUUGUAAACACAGCAAAGCUGGCUGAGUCCGUUAGUGCUAAAGUGCGUCGGUUGGAUUUAGCGAGAUGUAGGGCCUCCGAGUGCCAGCAACGGGUACACGAUCUGAUCGACCUGCAGCUGUGUAGCCAGGGCGUAGUGAAGGCUAUCAGCGAAGAGGAUUAUGAAAAGGGAGCGGGUCAUAUCGCUCGCUUUCUGGCAAUGGAUCAACAGCUUUUGCAACGCACAGCGGAUGAUGUUCAGGGUUCUAUUACGUCAGUGAGCGAUGCUGUGCACACACUCGAGGAGGCCACUGAAAAGAUCAGAGAAUUGAUUUCCAAGCGCUUUGAUGAGGCUGUCCAACAAGACGAUUUGGCGUCUGUGGAAAGAUUCUUCAAGAUAUUUCCAUUGGUUGGUUGCCACAAGAUCGGCAUUGAGAAAUUCUGUGGGUACAUUUGCCAAAAGCUGUCGGCCAAGGCCCAAAAAGAGCUGCGUAAUGCACAAGAUAUUGCAAAAGCUGAGCGUCGUCAACAUUUGGCCUAUGCCGAUCGCUUAACUUCGAUUUUGGAGAACUUCGCACGCGUUGUUGAAGUCAAUCAGCCGAUUAUAGAAGCAUUUUAUGGCCAAGAAUCAACUUCUUUGGUUAACAUGAUGACCAUCUUGCAAAGAGAAUGUGAUCUUGAAGUUAAGAAUUUGCUGUUGGAAUUCAACAAAAAUCGCCAAAUUCAAUAUCGCAUUAAGCAGGUGAACGACAGCUCUCAGCGCCCAAACAGCUCGAGUAUGGCUAACAGUAGUAUGCAGUCCUUGGGACACUACAGAAAACCUUCGGGCGGUUCUAUAGAUAAAUUGAACCCAAAGGAUAUAGAUGCUAUCAUAGCCGAAAUUACAGUGAUGCACUCAAGAAUAGAGUUAUACUUUAGAUUUAUGCGUCGUCGCUUGCAGGCCAAUGCAGAAACAUGUUUACAAGAUAAGGAUGCACAAAACAUGGUACUAAAGGAAUAUGAAAGGGUUGUGAAGCAUUGUGACUUAAGUCGCCACAUGCAAGAAAUUCUUAGCACUUACUUGCUAUUUGAAAGGUAUUUUAUGGAAGAAAGCGUGAUGAAAGCAAUUGGAUUGGACACUUAUGAAGUCGGCCAGCAAUGCUCGUCUAUGGUUGAUGACGUCUUCUUCAUAUUGCGUAAAUCUAUACGACGCGCUUUGACAACACAGUCUAUCAAUGGCACCUGUGCUGUAAUCAACAAUGUUGCAUCGUGCCUUGAUGGUGACUUUGUGUCUGCUUUAAAGGCUCCUUUAAAAAAUGGGUAUCCCUCGGGCUAUAUUGAUUUGGCGCAGGCUUACAAUGCAAUACAGACGAGCUUGCAGCAGGGCAAACUGCAUUCGAGUGACGCCGAUCGUGUUCGAACAAAUUUCAUAGUUCAGUUAAACAAUGCUGAUAUGUCAACGGAAUAUAUUGAAACGCUAUGGCAGACAAUGGAGCAGGAGAUAGCCGGAACAUUCCCUAAUAUAUCACCUUUAGAGAGGCAGUUAUUGGACAGCUGCUUGACUGAGCUGAAAGCCAUUCGCGAUGCUUUAAAGGCAACAGUUGACUUUGGCAUACAGCAGCUUAGGUCAAGUGCGAUAAGACCACGCCUAAAUCCCUGGGUGGAUGAAUUCCUUAAUUAUAGCCAUCAUCUAACAGAGGAGGAACUGUCCGCUUACGAGGCUGGGGAAACAUUUGUUCAGUAUUUCAUUGUACAAUUAGAUGGACUAUUAAAUUCAUUUAAAAAUGCAUUAAGUCCACGUAAUUAUGACGCGCUCGUCAGUAUUUUGGCUACUGAAGUGACCAACCGCUUGGAACGCGCAAUCAAGAAAAGCACAUUUAAUCGGCUCGGUGGACUUGUUCUCGACCAGGAAGUGCGAGCCCUAGGUACAUAUCUUACGGGCGCAACUUCCUGGUCAGUGCGCGAUAAAAUGACGCGUCUGUCACAAAUCGCAACGCUUUUGAAUUUGGAUAAGGUUUCAGAGUUGGCUGAAUAUUGGAAUCCUGAAAAUAAUAGCGACAUGCCAUCUUGGCGGCUGACACCAAAUGAAGUGCGCACUAUUCUGACUUUGAGAAGUGAUUUCCGUAUGGAGGACAUUAAACGUUUGCAACUUUAAGUUAAAAGCGUUUCUUGAUUUAUUUAUAGUGCUGCGACUUCAUGUCUUUUUAAACUAAACCAACGAUUGAAAUCCAAUCUUAAUAAGAGCUGCGAAAGUGCACCAAAACUGGAUGCGCUCUUAAUGUUAACCAAUAAUUUUAUUAAUCCAGAGAUGGCAACGUUAAAUCUACAAUA